AUGUCGCUCCUUCUUCUUGCCUUUGCGCAAUUAACAGGCUCACACCAUGUUCCGCCAAAUGCACCCAUAAUGCACACUCACCAACUUCUUCAAAAAGCCAAAUAUCUCUACAACACACACCGCUACAAAGAAGCCUACCACCUAUUUGCCUUUUCAGCCUUUGAAGAAAAUCAUGUCUGUCGAGAAUAUAGAAUCAAAUGUCUUAUGGCCAUUGGUGAAUGGAGAACUGCUCUUCAAGAAUCAAAGCAUAUGAUCCGUCUCUACCCCACAGCUUCGCAAUGGUAUCUUGUCGCUGCAGACAUUUGCCUAACAAGCCAGCAGUACAGAAUGUCACGAGAAAUAUUGCAGGAAUCUCUUUCAAAGGUUCCUUAUGACGAUAGCUACUAUGCCGACCUCAGUAGACUCGAGAGAGUGGCUUAUCAAGGCAUGCUCGAGCUGGAUUGUGCAAAGUGUAUUGAUGUUCUCGGCGUAUUACCGUAUGACCUCAUACUCAAUAUCUUUGGACGUCUUUCACUCGACAGUCUCGUAAGAGCCACCCGGGUAUCUAGACAGUGGAGAGAGUAUCUGAUAAACACCCCUCGGCUGUGGCAUAGCCUUGACUUUGGAUCCAAAAACAACUUUAGCCUCUCUAUAGCUACCAUAAACACAUAUCUUGGUCGGCUAGAUGGCACUCCUCUCACUCAUCUCAAGAUUCAUCACGAACAGCCCGACGGAGACAGUAUAUUGAAAGCAAUCUCUUUACAAGCGUCACCGCGUCUUCACACCCUCGACUUAUCUGAGCUGACGUGUACACCAGAAAUGUUUUCCUCGCUACUAUCUAGCGUUGGAUCUAGCUUGCACACCUUGCGAUGGGGUGGGAUUGCAAUCAAACUAGACGACCUGAUGCACAGUAUAGCCAACACCUGUACUUCUCUCAAGCAUCUCGACAUACACGAUUGCUUUGUCGCCUCUACAGCGCUCUCUCAUAACUCAUCCAACCACAAUACUAUUACGACUAAUCCUCUAUCACCUACAAAUUCUACAUUUGCAUCCAAUUUAACAAGCAUCUCAGCAUACUCUACACUGUCUAUCAACACACUCGUACUCUCUGGCGUCUAUGGCCUCUCGCCCUCUUACAUGGCUGCACUUCUCCACCGUUGCCCAUCACUGACCCGCCUAGAGCUCCAAAGAUCUGUGCUGGGCAUUUCACAUGUACUCGCAACCCUCCGUACCUGUUGCCCAUCUCUCAAGGACCUAAUUUAUCAAAGCAACCGGUAUUACGAACCUAGCCGCGAUUUCGAUGAUCAACAACAAAUACAACAAAUACAAGAACUACAGGAUCUACCAAACACCGACAGUCUGGUUUUGGAAUCAACAAAUCUGAUUCACAUCCCGUCGUCUUCCUCUUCCUCGGCUUCCUCUUCCUCUUCCUCCUCCUCUUCCUCCUCCUCUACCUUGUCGUCCCUACCAUCAACCUUACCAGUCUUAUCGGUAACCUCUGAAGACCAGCCUAAAAAAAUCAAGCUUGGGCUUGGGUCUGGUGACCAUGUUCCCUUGCGCGAGAUUUCUCUUCGGAAAGCAAAUGGCCUGACAGACGCAAUGGUUGAUCUUGUAUUGUCCGAGUCGCUUGGUUCACUCGAGGUUCUGGAUCUUUACUCAGCAGCCGGGAUCUCAGACAAGGCCUUACGUCAAAUUAUCAGCCAUGAUGAACAGAUAGUAUCACAAUCAACAAUAACAGCACCACUGGCUGCUUUGAGACAAUUGACCUUGCAUGGUUGCACAGGACUUUCUGAACAAAUGAUUCUCAGCAUUCUCAAAAGAGCUCCAAACCUUGUUCACGUUGAUCUUUCGGGCCUAGCUACGGUUACAGACACGAUCCUGCACUACAUGGCCAAUAAUAGUAAUAAUAAUAUGGCAGCUCUUCAGACACUUGAUCUAUCCGACUGUCUGUCCGUGACAGAUAGUGGAGUCCGUAGUCUGGUCGACAGUCUGUCUAAGGGUAGUCUUAAAGAGUUGACUCUGACAGACUCGAGUCUCUGCUUGGACACACUUGUCUACAGUGCCUGUAAGAUAAGAAAAAACCCUUUCUAA